AGGAGGGAUGCCCGUCCAGCGGCGGCCGUUUCCCGGCGGAGCCGUCAGCUGACGCCGCCGUUUCCUGGCUGCCGCCCGCCAUGCUGCGGCUCCUGCUCCCGCUGGCCGCCCUGGCCGCGCUCCUCCGGGCGGCGAAUGUACCUGAGAGGAGUUUUGGGAUUGAUUAUGAUUCCAACUGCUUUGUCAAGGAUGGGAAACCUUUCCGUUACAUCUCCGGUAGCAUUCACUACUCGCGAGUGCCCUUGUAUUACUGGAAGGACCGCCUGUUGAAGAUGAAGAUGGCAGGGCUUGAUGCCAUUCAGACGUAUGUCCCAUGGAACUACCACGAACCCCAGAUGGGCACAUAUGACUUUUUUGGUGGCAAAGAUCUAGAGUAUUUCCUGCAGCUUGCCAAUGAUACUGGAUUGCUUGUUAUCCUGCGAGCUGGACCUUACAUCUGUGCAGAAUGGGACAUGGGAGGUCUUCCUGCAUGGCUGUUGGAAAAGAAAUCUAUUGUUCUCAGGUCUUCUGAUUCAGAUUACCUGGAAGCGGUAGAGAGAUGGAUGAGUGUCCUUUUGCCAAAGAUGAGACCUUAUCUCUAUCAAAAUGGAGGUCCAAUCAUCAUGGUGCAGGUAGAGAAUGAGUAUGGGAGCUACUUCGCUUGCGACUACGACUACCUGCGUUUCCUUCUGAAGCUCUUUCGCCUGCAUCUUGGGGAUGAGGUGGUGCUCUUCACAACUGAUGGUGCAAGCCAGUUUCACUUGAAAUGUGGGGCUCUCCAGGGUCUUUAUGCAACAGUGGACUUUGCUCCAGGUGGCAAUGUUACAGCAGCAUUCUUAGCUCAAAGGAGCAGUGAACCGAAGGGCCCUUUGGUUAAUUCUGAGUUUUAUACUGGAUGGUUGGAUCACUGGGGGCACCGUCAUUCUGUUGUGCCCGCAGAAACUAUAGCUAAAACACUUAAUGAAAUCCUGGCACGUGGUGCUAACGUUAACCUGUACAUGUUUAUAGGUGGAACUAACUUUGCCUAUUGGAAUGGUGCUAAUAUGCCUUAUAUGCCUCAGCCCACUAGUUAUGACUAUGAUGCUCCUCUGAGCGAGGCAGGAGAUCUGACAGAAAAGUAUUUUGCCUUGAGAAAAGUCAUUGGUAUGUAUAAGCAGUUACCAGAAGGUCUUAUCCCUCCAACAACACCCAAAUUUGCAUACGGGAAGGUUCGCUUGCAGAAGGCAGGCACUGUGUUGGAGGCUCUUGAUGGACUGUCACCUGGAGCAGUCAGAAGCACUUACCCAUUGACUUUUGUUGAGCUAAAGCAGUAUUUUGGGUAUGUACUGUAUAGAACUACACUUCCAAAGAACUGUGUGGAGCCAACACCACUGUCUUCACCUUUCAAUGGAGUCCAUGAUCGUGCCUAUGUCUCUGUUAAUGGGAUACCUCAGGGUGUCCUUGAAAGGGACAAAUCACUAAUGAUAAAUAUAACCGGGCAAGCUGGAGCAAAUCUGGACAUCUUGGUAGAGAAUAUGGGCCGAGUCAACUUUGGUAGAUACAAUAAUGAUUUUAAGGGUCUAGUUUCAAAUUUAACUCUUGCUGAGGAUGUACUUGUUGGAUGGGAAAUCUAUCCUCUAGACAUAGAUGGAGCAGUGAACUAUGGCAUUAUUUAUCUCCUUCAUCACUCGAAGAGAUCUGCUGUCAAAGCACUGAGUUACGAAGUACCUACAUUUUACACUGGUACUCUUUCAAUUCCUGGAGGGAUUCCAGACUUGCCGCAAGACACCUACGUCAAUUUUCCUGGUUGGACAAAGGGGCAAAUUUGGAUCAAUGGCUUUAAUCUUGGUCGCUACUGGCCAGCCCGUGGUCCUCAGCUGACCCUUUAUGUUCCAAGGAAUGUACUUGUUGCAUCAGAGCCAAACAACAUAACGGUGUUGGAGCUGGAGCGUUCUCCUUGCAGCACCCAGGCGUGCGAAAUAGAAUUUGUAGACAAACCUAAUAUCAAUGCAACCCUACAGAAUGAAACUGAUAAACCCCCACUCUUUGUGAGAGAUCUAUGGAUGAAGCAUCUAUAAUGAUUUGAGUAUUUCUUUAUCUUCCCCUCUCUGCCCUUUGCUUACCUUUCAUUCAAACCAUACUGAUUAACACUGAGGCUUUGAAAAAGCCAAGUUGUUUAGGUGGGGCAACUUAAAUUCUUCAGACUUUUUUAAAAUCUCUCAUUUAAAUAUUGAAUUUCUUUUUAAAAAUAAAAGCUGAAGCUUUGAAAUUUGUCUUGGACUGUGGCAUUGAGCUCAACUGGAAGGUAACGUUUCCAUCAGCCUAGUAAAAAUGUAGUUCAUGUACUCCGCUUACACUACAGUAACCUUCCUAUGCUUUUAUUUUUUACCAUGUUUUACCACUGGAGAGGAGCCUACAGAAGGGGUGUGCAGCCCCCACUACUUUGCUGGUUUCACUUAAGUGGACUGGUAAGUCAGAGCUGCCAAUAAACAUUACACUUUCAGCUUCCUUAAUCACCUUAUUAGAGUAUUAAAAUAAUUUUAGUUUCAUUUGGCUUACUGUCAGCAAUGAGUGAACCUCAUUUUUUAAGGCAAGUGGCUUUGGGGAAAUUUUAGUUCGUUUCUUACAGGACCAAUGAGAAAAACUGUGGAAGAGAGGGAUCAGAUGCCAGAUGUCCAAACAGCAGGAACAUGGAGUCUGCAUCUGUCUCUUCUUAGAAAGCCAAUUUACUGCUUCCCUAUUGCUGUCUCUGAAGACUUAAAGUAAAUUGAUAAGUACAAGGACAUGUGAAAUUUAGCCUACUUUAGUGGAACCACAACCUCUGACUAACUUGCCUACAGAAUGUGGUUUUAAAAUGAUGAAAUUUUUCUUUAUUUCGUCUGGUUUGGGUUGGGGUUUUUUUGGUUUGUUUGUUUUGUUUAAUUUAUUUUUCUUCCUAGUGGUCAUGAAGUACCUGCUCUUCACAGGCCAGCACCUUGGAAGCAGAAUGCUUGAAGUUAAAGAAUUUUAUUUCUCUUUUAGUCAUUAAUUCACAUCACCUGUUUUGUUCCAGUAAACUGAUGGUCUUUGUAAGUACCUGAUAUUUGCAGAGAUGCACAAACUCCAUCAGUACAUCUGACUUUCUGCAGACAGAAUCUUCUUUUUCAUUCUUGUAAUUUUGGUGUCAGUCAUGCAAAUUCCAUGGUGAUAUUUAAACAACAGAAGAUGAUCAAAUCAAGUGUUUUCAUAAUCUAUGAUUUUCCCUUUGAUUUUUGUCUGACAUUAUUAAAAUUGUUCUGUAAAGAUUAAAUUUUUCCUCUGUGUGUUUGAGAAAGAAGAAAGGGACAAGAGAAUUAUGAGCAGUAUUAAGGGAGAAAUGAGAUUGUUACAUGCCUGUGGAUGAAGAAUUAUUCUUGUUGAUGUCUUGUUUAUUUUCUCUGUUAUCAAGAACUGUACAAAUAAAAAUGAAGUAGCUGUAAUGGGCUGAGCUUGCCACCCUUUUCUGAGAUGGCCAGUGCAAAAUCCUGGACCAAUACUGUCACUGGAUAAGAAAGUGUAAAAGAGCACCAACCAUUUCAUGUCUGCUACAUGUCUGAUAUAUUUGAUGGGCUUUCAAAGGAGACAAAUGUAGCUUAUCCAAGACAGAGAGGUUUUGUUCUUGAAUUCUGACCUCAAAUGUCAAUUCUAGGGACUGAGGGCUGUGUGUUCAGUAUCCAGAUGUACUUGAUUCCUGGAAUGGUCUGCUUUGAACCCAGAUUUUUUUCUUUCUUGUCACCAUCCUUAUGGAGAACCUGGAACAGUCUCUGCAUGCAGUUGUCAAGUAUUAAUUGCCUCAGAGCUAGGCCUUGAAAGUAAGGGAUGAAACAGAAUUGGUUUCGAACUAGUUAUGGUUUUUGUGGCUUGGAGUAUGCAGAAUGACAGUACUAUUCAUGUAUUAUUAAAGCUCAGUGCUGUAACAGCUGGGAGGAUUUUUAUUUGUAUGACAGUUUGUGCUGUAAGGGCAGUGAUACUCCUGGUUCUCACUUUAACUUCAGCUUCAACUUGUACUUGUGAAAACAUAAUGUGAUCUAUGAGACUUCACUUUUCACCAUAGCUAUGUAAUAUUACCAGCAGAAAGGCUUUGCAUCAAGAAUUAUAAACAUGCAUCUGAUUAGUUCUAAGAAUAACAAUGUGAAAAGAAUGGGUUUGAAGUUUUUCAAGUAGGGCUCUAGAUAGCUUCUUUGGCACACCUGCCUAUUUACUGCUUUCAGUGAAGUGGUCUCCUGUCUGCAGAAAAGAGCUGCAAGUGGUGGCCCUGAUUCCUAAUCCUCUUCUACCUACAUGGAAACACUGCUGGGGGUGGUAUUUGAGUAUGCAGAAGGGAGGUCCUUGUAACAAAGCACCUUCAGAGUACGGCUCUAGCAGGAGGAACCUGUUGCCAGUUGCUGCUGCUUUAUCCAAGGAUGUGUCUGCAGGUGCUGCAGCUGAGUGUUGUGCCCUGCCUGUGCCCACACUGGGGCACUGUGCCCACACCACACGCCUGGGACUUACCUUAGGUUUCCUAGCCUUGCCAUGGAGUCCUGCUGAGACUGAGUGUGAUACAAAACAGGACAGCAUGGCAUUUGCUCCUUUGCAGCCUCAGGCAAGUCAGUUAUUUUAACCUAUCCUCAAAUGUAGUUCAGCCAUGCCCGAGGUGGACAUGUAAUCAGAAUGAAACCUUCUGACUGAGGGUAAAUGAGAAAGAGAAGAGGGGCCAUGGGGAGUUACCUGGCUCGCCUUUACCCAGUGGGAAAGGCACUGGUGGGUCUAGUUUCAAUUUGUUUUUGAAAGGCAAGAUGUGAAAGCAUUGUCAGACCCCUGGCUAGUAUAUGUGGUGUAGCUGUAUGAAAUAUUCCAAGUGCUGCAAUUCAGUGGGAUGGUCUCUGGUGGAGCCUGCUGCCUCCUGAAGGCCUGGCAAGAAGGAAUAUUCCUAAUGCUAAAACUGUGGAUCCUUAAAUCUUUCCUGGUGCAUCUCCUUGGGAAUUUGCAAUUGCUUUGCUUACAUAGGAGCUGAGUAAUGAUCAAAAUGUUCUCUGAUUUUGGCAGACAGUGCAAGUAUGGUAUUUGGUCAGAAUUAGUUCAUAGAAAACCAGAAGUUUUACACUGAUCCCCUCUGGAAGGUAGGCAGAUGCUUGCAAUUCUGUAGGGGGAUGCCCUUUGAAAUCUACCCAUAGAGCCACUGUAGUGGCUUAGCUUAGCACAGAUUUAUUUUUUUUCCGGUCUGGCGUGGGGUUUGUAAACUUAGUGUGUAAUCCUGCCUAUGCAUGAGUGAAAGCCUUUAAAUGUGAUUUUUUGGGAUGAAUGAGCAAAUAGAAGAACAAGAACUGGCAGUGUGCUGUGUGGUUGAAUUCUAUUAACUUAUGUAUGAGACUCUUUCAUAAUGUAACUAUCUUCUGUGUGUUAAUCAACAUUUUCUAGUCCUUGAAUGACAGGACUGAGACUUGCUCUUGACUUCCUUCAGACUCUCUGUGCCUUUUCUAAUUCUCUGGUGCAGACAGCUUUCCAGUCUCCUACUAUCCAAUCUCCUUGGGACCUCUGCAGUGCCUGUUGUUUUCUUUUCCAGUUUCUUGGGUGAAGUACUCAUUUUUGUUUGCACAGUUUGAAUACUUGCAGGAGUGACUAGAAAUAAUCCUUCUGCCUGGACUGCAAGCACUACCCACCUGACAGAUAUGUGUCAGGUUUUCAGAAAUGACAAUUACAGAAGAAGGAUAAUCCUGUGGUUUGCAGUGUGCUCAGAAGGAGGUGAUGCUGUUACUGUACAGGCUGACAAAGUAGCAACAUUUUAACAGAUGAUACAGAAUGAAGAGUUUGUGAGAGCUGAUCUAGCCCUGUGUCUCUCUACCCUAAGGCAACAUCAUUUGUAUCUUAAAUAUUCUCAGUGUGUUUCUUUUGAUGAAGACUCCAGUCUUUCCUGGGCAAGUUAUUCUGGUGUUUACUAUUGGGGAACUUGUCAACAAUAGCUGAAGCCAUCAUUGGUGUAUGUAAGCCAGUUAUCACUUUCACUGUCCACAGCCAACACAAAGUGUAUAUUUGUGCUCUGAGGCUGUUUUGUGCCCUCUCCGUUACUUUCAUAUCUUUUAAAACUGGGCUUAGAUAAAUGUCAAGAAGUGCAAGGUAACACAGAGACAAUUUAGUAAAGAUGUGAAAAGACAACCAGCUCUCAAAUGACUUGGUCCAGGUGCUACAGCAUCUCUUUUUGAUAGAAAUAACUGAAUUACAAGAAAGUUGUCUUGCAGGCUGGGACUUAAAGGCACAGCAGUUAACCUCAAAGUCCUGGCUGGGAGAUUGUGUGACAGAAGCUGGAAACUGCAGAAGAAUGGGGUCUGUUUUAGUAGUUUUUCAAUGAGAAGGCAAAAGUAGGGGAAAAAUAGAUUAUCCUAGAACUUGGUCCCAUGGGCUGAAUGGAAAAAUGUUGGAAAAGUGCAUCACAAGGAUCUUUCUUAUG